GGUACGAUCCUGUGCUCAAUUUCGCCGCCCAUGACGAAUAAUGGGAAAAAAGCUCAUUCAUGAUGAUCAAUCGAUUAGCUUGCACAAUCACGUACAAGUAUUGCCGACAACAGGUCCGGUGCAAACUUCCGCUCUGAUUUCGUAGCAUAUUCCCGCCCCGCCAGCCCAUGCCCUUUCGCACCUCCAAUUUUCAGAAUGCGGAGCGGAAAGAUUCUCAGUACCUAGCCUACCUCUCGUCCACGGUUAACACCCGCAUUCAGUCUGCUAUAGGCCACCAACACCCUCCUUUCGAGUAGCGCUGCUGGACAGCCCGCUGGAGACGUCGUCCAAAAACAACAGCAACUGGCUACUUCCGCAUAACCGGGGUCCCAAGUCUCCGGAUCUCGAAUUGUUGCAAACAGCGACGUCCCCACCACCAAAGACUUAUUCAGAGCUCAAUUCACCUCGGCGCACAUCUACCUCCACUUCCUCGCCUUGAAUAUAGUGGAAAACAAUAUGGCGACCUCAGGGCCCUCCACUGAGCCAGCGACGGCAAUCCCCAUCCCUUCUUCCCUCACCAGCUCCACUCCCUCCUUACCGCCGGCGACCUCCCAAGCCCUCAUCCAACACCUCCGACAGACUGGCGCUAUACCCGACCUCAGCUCCCUCCUAGCAGACAGCCUCGCCCGCACGGGCUGGACAGACCGCGUCCGCGCCCUCGCGCUCGAGUUACUCAGGAAUGGCACAUGCGACACUUUUCCGGAGUUGAUGAGCGAAGUCAUGCGGCGGGCGAAGAUGCCCAAGGAUGGCAAGAACCAAACCGUGGAGAAGGAAAGCAAGGAUGCGAAGACGAAUGGUACGAGCACGCCUACAACGACAGGCGCCGGGGCUGGAGGUGCAGCUACAGCGGCAGCAUUGAAUGGCGGAGGGGUGAACAGCAACAAUGCCAUUGCGCUUUCAAAAGAAUGGUCCGGCGGGCCGGAUGGGCUGCCAGACGUAAGGAUUCCAGAAAUUACUGUUGAGCUAGGAGUGGACUUUUUGAAAGAGAAGAUCAAGGAUGUCGUCGAGCCGAUCGACGACGAUAGCGACUAGCACGAUCUCACUUCGCAAACAAGCUACGGGUUGGAUAUUUGUGUAUAAUUUGGCAUAGCGAGCGGCGUUCAGUGUUGCUGAGAUAGUGGAAGGGCCUCGGUACGGUAUAUUAGAUGGUGGAAGGACCACAGCUAUAGUGGAAUACCUCGCUCUACUUCGAGCUGUUGGCUGGUGCAUGUGUGCUCGUCAAGGAUCGUUGCAUAAAGGGAAACAACCUGCCUCUUCGAACUCGAAUGAAAAUCGCUUUUGAAGCC